AAGUGGGUGUGUGCGGGAGAGGAGGGGUUAAAUAUUGGGAGGGUAUAGAUUGCAGAGGGGGCAGGGGUGGGCUGGAUUGUGAUAGCGACAGAUGUCUAGAAAACUGUAAAGGAGGCACUCCUCAGUUCCUACACAGUCCCAGACUGCACCUCGGAGGCAGGGGCGGAAUCUGCAGCUGUCAGUCUUAAGGUUUACCUCCAUAAUCACAUCCAGCCGGAGCCUGGAAAAGAAGCCCAAGUGAUCACUUUCGAGGAAUACAGGAGACAUCAUGGGAGGCAAACUGAGCAGGAAGAGGAAAGGAUAUGAUGUGAGCGAUCCCAAAGAGACGAAGGAUGAGUCCACAGCGACUGCUGCUGGUGCAGAGGAGUCUGCUAAAUUGGAGGACGGAGCCCCGCCCACAGAAGCUAAAGUGACAACUGAGGCAGGCAAUGUGGUAAAGGAAGCUGUGGGGUCAGCUGUGGCAGCAGUAACUGAAGCUGUAAAGGCUCCAGAAGAGCCCAAAUCUGCACCUCCAGAGGAACCAGCUCCAGAGGAGGCAGCUCCUGCAGCUCAAGAGGAUGCAGCUCCUGCAGCAGAAGAACCAGAUCAUGCAAUAGAAGAACCAGCUCCUGCAGCAGAAGAACCAGCUCCUGCAGUAGAAGAACAAGCUCCUGCAGUAGAAGAACAAGCUCCUGCAGCAGAAGAACCAGCUCCUGCAGUAGAAGAACAAGCUCCUGCAGCAGAAGAACCAGCUCCUGCAGUAGAAGAACAAGCUCCUGCAGCAGAAGAACCACCUUCUGCAGAAGAGAAGGCAGCUCCAGUAGCACAAGAACCAGCUGCAGCAGUAGAGGAACCAGCUCCACCAGCAGGGAAACCAGCUGCAGCAGUAGAGGAACCUGUUAUAGCAAUAGAGGAACCAGCUGCAGCAGCAGUGGAGUCAGCCUCAGUAGUAGAGGAACAGGCCCCAGUAGAGCUCCCAGAGGCUACAGCAGCAGCAGCAGCAGCAGCAGAGGAACCUGUGCCAAUUGAGGUUGAGUCUGAAGCUGCAUCUGAAGAGCUCCUUGUAGAAGAACCUGCUUUAGCUGUAGAAAUUGUUAAAGAGCCAGAGGUUGUUCCCGUCACCACAGAGGAAGCACCCAAGGACCAAGAGCCAGAGCCCAUCCCAGAGACUGUUACUGAGCCAGAAGCCACUUUGGAGGAGACAGUGGUCCCUGCUGCUGUCCCUGAACCCGAGCCAGUGGCUGAGCAAGCUGCAGAGCCAGUGCUGGAGCAAGCCCUAGAUCCAGAGCUGGCAGCAGAGUUUGAAUCAGAGCCACAGCAAGUAUCAGUGGAAGCAUCCGAGCCACAACCUGAACCAGAGCAAGCACCAGAGCCAGAGCUUGAACAAUCACCAGAGCCAGAACCAGAGCAAGUACUACAGCCAGAGCCUGAGCAGGUGGCUGAUGCAAUGAAAUCUGCAGCACAGGAACAAGUAAAAGAAGUUGCGCCGGAACCAAUUAUAGCCACAUCUGAGGUUACUCAACUUGGGAAUGAGGAAGCAGAAUCAGCUGAGGUCUUGGAGACUGCAGCAGAGGAGGUACCCGCUGAAUAUCAGCCUGUAGUAGAGGAAUCAGUUGCAACAGAAGCCCCCAGCACUGAGGCAGCAGCUGAGCCAGAAGCAGCAGAACCUGUCCCUGAGAUUGUCAUCUCAGAGUCUGUCUCUGCCAGCGAAAUUACGGCUGAGUCCGAAGAGGUAGCUGAGGCCUCUGUGAAAGAGGUGCCUUGCCCAGAGCCUGAGGUAGAAAGCAAGAUGGAAAAUGGAGAUAUAGGGAGCCCUUCUGGUACAAAGGAUGUGGCAGAAGUAGAUGCACUUCCGGCUGUGAAUGGAGAGUGCACACAUUCUGCUGCCACACAGAUAGAGGAAUGCGUUAAUGGUAAUGAAAAGCCAGAGGAGAUGCCUAUCAAGGAGCAGAGUGACUUUGAACUGAAAAAGGAGGUGAACCUGAGCGGGGACGUGCAGGAAGUUCCCGAUGCAGUCUCUGACAUGGCAGAGGGCCUCAGCACUGAGAUCACUCAGGCAGUCUGAAAAAGAAGCCAUCUUUAAAAUCAAUGUGAAUUCAGUUUAAUCCUCCGAUGGUGCGAGAAAGCCAUCAAGGUAUCACAAACACAGCUAGGCUUUGUGGAAUGCUGUAACCACUGCAAUGUCUAUAGUGGUAACUCAGGCAAAAGGAAGUUUUCUUUCGAGAAACCAAAAAUGAAAUGCAACCACUUCAGGAUAGAAAGAGACAGAGAGAGAGAGAAAUGGGAAGAGAGAUGGAAGUGCAGAGAGGAAACUUGAGUUUGGAAUAGGAGGGUGAGUGCAGACGGAGAGUGCAACUGGACAGCAGAGCAAAAAUAUUGGGCAGCAAAUAUGAUGUUAAUAAUGAAUGGAAGGAAUAAAUCUGUCUUUGUGUGAGCGCCCAAUGAAUAUUACAGAGUGGUUUUUUGGAACAGCAUUCAUUAUUCGUAUAUUAUCUGAUUUAGAAUGUCAUAUCCUUUCUAUUACUGUAUGCAGAGACAUGACAUAAACAUUUGGCCUUUUAUAAUAAUGGUACCUGUGAGGACUGUUUUAAAUUGAUUGUUCGGAAUAGAGAAUAAAAAGAGAUUGUUAUAGCCUACAGUGAUCUUCCUUUCUUUUCACGCAUUCUCCCAGCAUCAAGUGUGUUACAAGUGUCUGAGGCACUGGGUUAUCAGUACCAUUUAUUGUACAUUACUCUAAGCUAUGAUCAGACUUUCUUACUAAUGAAUCAAUAAAUCGUAACUCAUUUCAAACCAUAAAA